UUGCAUUUGCGAACAAGGGUGGCAAGGAAGUGGAUGUCACCGUUGUGGUGGACGAGCAAAGUUAACGAAAUCAUCAGGUUUUAUCAUAGAUGGCACAGGUAACUAUAGUGUUGAUAUGCAAUGCACAUGGCUUAUUGAAAGCGGUACACCAAACAGUACUAUUAGAUUGGAGGUAGCACAUUUUGAAACUGAAUGCAGCUGGGAUCAUUUGUAUAUAUUUGAUGGAGAUUCUGUAUUUUCAAAACUUUUAGCGGCAUAUAGUGGGGUUUUAGUGAGAUAUGGAGCUCCUUCUGACAAGUUAUCAGAAAUUGUUGCUACAUCUGGUAGUGCUUAUAUUUAUUUUUACAGUGAUGCUGCAUACAAUAUGAGUGGAGUCAACAUUACGUACAGCAUUAACAGCUGUCCAAGAAACUGUUCCGGGCAUGGUAUAUGUGUUGAUGGUAUUUGUACAUGCUGGGCAAGUUGGACUGGUGAAGCUUGUGAUGUUCCAAUAUGCCCUCCAAAGUGUGAAGAAUUUGGAAAAUGUGAUACAGAGAACCAUAAGUGUAUUUGUAUGCCAGGAUAUACGGGAUUUGACUGCAGCUUUCCUAUUGAUGAAGGAUGGUGGGCUGAAGAGUCAGUCAAAACUAAAAUCCAAGGACGGGCCUUACAUGAAGCAGUGGUGGUUGGUGAUGACAUGUGGAUUAUUGGAGGAGAGAAUUUUUAUCAUUCUGUCUUCCAAAAUAUGAUAAAAUAUAAUUUUAUAAAGAAAACAUGGAAAGUUAUAUCUAGCGAAUCGUCUUUUGAACCUCUUGCAAGAUACUGCCAUUCUGUUGUAGCUUAUGAGGGAAACUUAUAUAUGUAUGGAGGAAUGUUAUACAAUGGAACUGUUUUGAAUGAGUUGUGUGUUUAUAAUACUUCUAAGCGCACUUGGCACUUGCUUUCAAAAAUGACGAUGGAUCAAAACUGCCACUCUGAACCUUGUAGUCCUUUAGCAGCUAUAGGACACACAGCAACUGUUGUAGGAAAAUAUAUGAUCGUAAUUUUUGGACAUAACCCUGUGUAUGGUUAUCUUAAUACAGUACAGCAUUACAAUUUUGCUUUAGAUCAAUGGGAACUGGUAACUACUCGAGGUGCUAUAGUUAAAGGUGGCUAUGGGCAUACUAGUGUUUAUGAUCAUCAAACACAGAGAAUUUAUGUUUAUGGAGGUUAUCAUUCUCAUGGGGCCGAAGCAGCACUUGUGGAUUACCUGUAUGCAUACAACUCUUGGGAAUAUACUUGGGUUCUUCUAACACCUAGCCAGUCACAUCGCUAUUUGCAUAGCAGUGUAAUUUUAAAUGGAAUGAUGUUAGUAUUUGGAGGGAAUACUCACAAUGGUACAUCAUAUAGCAAUGGAGGACAGUGUUUUUCAGCUGAUUUUCAAGCUUAUGAUAUAGCAUGUGAUACUUGGCAUAGAAUGAAUUUUCCAUCAAUACAUAACCAAAAUAUUGCAAGGUUUGGUCAUUCAGCUGUUGUCUAUAAUGGAUCUAUGUAUGUUUUUGGAGGAUUCAAUGGGCAGAUGUUAAGUGAUAUACAGAAAUUGACACCAGGUUCAUGUGAAAAAAAUGACAACAGUGGUGCUUGUGAAAAAGCUGCUCCUGGAAUUAAAUGUGUUUGGAAUUUUGAAAAGAAAAUCUGUCAACCAUUUUCAGUUACAACAAAAGUAGCUUCAUAUCAUACAUGCUCUAGGAGAGGGGCAAAUGUUACAUCUUUAUGUGGUCGACUGACUUCAUGUCCUAGCUGUUUAGAAAAUACCUAUGGAUGUGUUUGGUGUGGUUCUUCCUGCUCGCAUGGUCGUUGCGGAAAAAAUAUUAAGGAAACAAAUAUAAUUGAAAAAUGUGAAGUUGCUGAAAGUAGUAAUUGUGAUAAAUUACAUAAUUGUCAUGCAUGCCAUACUGAGUAUCAUUGUGGGUGGCAAACAGAUGAAAAAUGCUAUACAUUUGUUCGUGAAUCCAGUAAUGGUACAGAAAAAGCUAUUCUUACUGAUGAUUACAGAGUUAAAUGUGAAAUUCCUUGUAGUAGCAGACAUACUUGUGAAAACUGUACUCAAGGUCCAUGCAUGUGGUGUAGCAGUCAGCAAAUGUGCAUAGAAUCCAAUGCUUAUGCUGCAGUUUUCCCUGUUGCCCAGUGUAUGGAAUGGACCACUCAAUUGCCCAAAUGUAGAGGUCUAAAUUGCAGAGACAUUCAAACAUGUGACCAAUGUCAAAAAAAUCCUCGCUGUGGUUGGUGUGAUGAUGGUAGUGGAACAGGCUUGGGAAUCUGUUUAGAAGGCUCUGCUGCAGGGCCUGUACAUGUUGGAUCAACACAUCCUUCAAAUAAUUCCAUGUGUCCUGCCGGUCAAUGGUACUUCACUUCAUGCCCAGCAUGUCAGUGCAAUGGGCAUAGUACUUGUCUCAAUGGAACGGAUAAAUGUGUCAUGCCUUGUCAACAUUUAACAGAAGGUACUCAUUGUCAGCAGUGUAUGGCAGGCUAUCAUGGAGAUCCUGUUAAUGGAGGCAAUUGUACUCCAUGCUUUUGCAAUAACCAUGGGGAUUUGUGCCAUAGGGAGACAGGAAGGUGCUAUUGUACUACAAAAGGCAUCAAUGGGCCACAUUGUAAUAGAUGUGAUGAAUCAAACCAUUAUGUUGGGAACCCAGAAGAAGAAAACGGAUCAUGUUUUUAUAACUUAUCCAUUGAUUUUCAAUAUACUUUCAACAUGUCAAAACCAGAAGAUCGUCACUUUACCAAUAUCAACUUCAUGAAUAUCCCAGUCAAACCUGAUGUUGAUGUUGAUUUCUCAAUAUCUUGCUCUGAAUCUGCAUUAGUAAAUAUUUCUGUUGCAUCAUCACCAGAAAAAUUUCUUGAUGAAAACCAUAAAUGUGGUACAUUCAAACUUCGUUUCUCUCAUGAUGACCACAUAUUUGGAUCUGAUAAUUCGACCUUUUAUGUGUAUGUUUUCAAUUUCAACACUCCAUUUGUACUGCAAAUAUCAUUUUCUCAGCACAGACAACUAGAUUUACUACAAUUUUUCAUCACAUUUUCUAGUUGCUUCCUUUCCCUUUUAAUUAUGGCUGCAGUUAUGUGGAAAAUAAAACAAAAAUAUGAUUUAUAUAGAAGAAGACAGAGAUUAUUUGUUGAAAUGGAGCAAAUGGCUAGUAGACCCUUUGCUGGGGUUGCUGUUGAACUUGAUACUCAACUUCUUCUCAUAUCAGGCCAUACUGGAAAUGAUGAUCAUAGGAAAAAGUGCCAUCCAACUCCUAUUGCACUUGAACCAUGUUCUGGUGGGAAAGCAGCAGUGCUUUCACUAAUUGUCAGGUUACCACCUGGAGAUGGAGAAUAUACUCCUGCUGGUCAGUCAGGUCUUGGUAUAGGAAGUGCUCUUGUAUCAUUAGGAACUUUAUGCAAGGGAAAUACAGAUGUGAUUAAAGAGACUAGCAAACUUGAUUCAUGGAAAACUAGCUCUAACUCUAGUACAUGUAUAUGA